CCUCAAUCCUCUGUUUGCCUCAAGGCUCUCUCCCAAACACAAAAAAAAGAAGAUAAAAUCAUUUUUCAGAAAAUGGCUCUGUCAAACUCAAACUCAAACGCAAAUGCGUUACCGGUAGCUUCUAAUGAGAUUGAAGCCCUUACCAAGGCUUUAUCAGGUUUUGGAGUGGAUGAGAAGUCAAUGGUAUCAAUACUGGGGAAAUGGCAUCCUGAACAGAAGAAAUCCUUCAGGAAGGGAACCCAAUUUUUCGUACAAGAUGAACGUCUUUUCGAGAGGUGGAUUGACCGACACGUGGAACAGCUCAAACACGAAUUUCUACGGCUUAAGAGUGCUGUGGUGCUAUGGACAAUGCACCCGUGGGAAAGAGAUGCGCGUUUGAUGAGAGACGCCGUGAUCGACGGUCCGAAGUCAUACAACGUGGUGAUAGAAAUAGCCUGCACUCGAUCUUCGGAAGAGCUUUUGGGAGCAAGAAGAGCUUACCAUGCCCUCUUCGACCGCUCCGUCGAGGAAGACAUUGCAUAUAACGCCGAUGGCGUUGAACGGAAUUUAUUGGUAGCACUGGUCAGUUCGUAUCGCUACGAAGGUCCGAGGGUUCACGAGGACACCGCGAAAUCGGAGGCCAAGACUCUAGUUUCUGCCAUUAAAAAUGCUCUGAAGAAGAAUCCAAUGGAAGAUGAAGUGGUGGUGAGGAUACUGUCAACAAGAAGCAAGCUCCACCUUAAGUCGGUCUUCAAACACUACAAGGACAUCUCUGGCAAGACCCUUGAUGAGGAUGUUGUCGCUCCAUCAAGCUUAAAACACACCGUGCAAUGCCUAUCUACUCCUCAUACUUACUUCAUCAAGGUGUUGGAUGCGGCAAUGAAUUCAGGCGCAGACGAGAACACGAAAGAGGGGUUAACCAGAGUCAUAGUAACCAGAGCAGAUGUUGACAUGAGAGUUAUAACAGAAGAAUAUCACAAGCAAAACGGAGUUGCUCUGAACCAAAAGAUUGAGCAAAUUGCAAAAGGAAGCUUCAAGGAUUUCUUGCUAACUCUGCUUGCAAGAGGAGGCCCAAUCCAAUUGAAGAAGUGAACCCCUAAUAUUUUGGCAUCAACCAAUGAGGAGUUCUGUUUUUUUGUCGGCAUUUUUCUUGGUUCUUUUUUUUUUUUUUUUUUUUCGCAUUAGGACUUGUUAUGGAUAUUAGUUGUAUCCUUUAUUUGGGGCUCGUCUCUAGCUAGCAGUAGUAACAACAAGUUCAUUCCAGUAAUAAGACGCGAGGGCGUGUUCCAUUUCA